GGUCUCUUUUGCCGAUCCGGCGCUGCCGUCUCUGUCGUCGCUGCCGUCGCUGGACUGCCCCUGCUGCUGCUACACCUCCAGAGACUGCCCAUCCCGCAAGCGACCCUCCUUCCCGGCUCGCUCCAUCCCGAUCGUCCCUCGGUAGAAGGUGGGGAUCGCUCCUAGCGUACAUGCCGGGUCGUGGAUUGUCGCUGCGUUUGCCUCCGUCUUUGCCUCCGUCUGGCCUGAAUUGCACCGAUCAUCGUCUGAUCUCAAACUAACCCGCAUCUCGUAGCUGAUUACUCCCGUUCACCACCACCCCAAACUGCUUCUCUGCCUUGGCUUCCCUUUCGCAUCCACAUACGCAUCCUCGCCAGUCAUCCAGAAGAGAUCCCGCCAUGUUUGCCGCUGCCACCAUCCGUGCUGCCCGCUAUGCCUCGGCGGCUCCGCUGAUUGCCGCUCGCUCAGCCUCUCGCCAUCUUGUUCGCUCGGUCACCGCUCGAUCCUCCCCCGUCCUGUCGGCCUCCUUCUCCUCUGCCGCCCGUCUGCACUCGGCAGAUGUCUUUGCUCCCCGCGACUCUUUCCCCAGACGCCACAUUGGCCCCAACGACUCGGAUGUCGCGGAGAUGUGCAAGGUCGUCGGUGUCAAAGAUCUCGCCGAUCUCGUCAACAAGACCGUGCCCGAGGCCAUCCACGUCGUCAAGGGUACCAAGCUCGGUCCGGCCGUGCCCGAGACCGAGACCCUCGCUAUCCUGCGUGAGAUUGCCUCCAAGAACAAGAUCUUCAAGUCCUACAUCGGUAUGGGCUACUACAGCUCCAUCACCCCUCCUGUCAUUCUCCGCAACAUCAUGGAGAACCCCGGCUGGUACACCCAGUACACUCCCUACCAACCUGAAAUUUCUCAGGGCCGCCUCGAGUCGCUGAUGAACUGGCAGACUAUGGUCCAGGACAUGACCGGCCUGCCCAUCGCCAACGCCUCGCUCCUCGACGAAGGCACCGCCGCCGCCGAGGCCAUGCUGAUGUGCUUUGGCCAGGCCAACCACAAGAAGAACAUCUUCUUUGUCGACCGUGCCUGCCACCCCCAGACCAUCAGCUGCGUCAAGACCCGCGCUGAGGGCUUUGGCAUCCAGGUCGUCGUCGGCGACUACGAGACCCUCAACUUUGACGAGUACAAGGGCAACCUCAUGGGCGUCUUGAUCCAGUACCCCACCACCGACGGCCGUGUUCUCGACUACGAAACCUUCACGAAGAAGGCCCACGAGCACAAGGCCCUCGUCACUUGCGCCACCGAUCUCAUGUCCCUCGCCCUGCUCAAGCCCCCGGGAGAGUUUGGCGUCGACAUUGCCUUUGGUAACUCGCAGCGCUUUGGUGUCCCGCUGGGCUACGGUGGCCCUCACGCCGCCUUCCUGGCCGUUCGAGAUGAGUACAAGCGCCGCAUGCCCGGCCGUCUCAUUGGUCUCUCCAAGGACACGGAGGAUCGCCAGGCCUACCGUCUCUCGCUCCAGACCCGCGAGCAGCACAUUCGUCGCGAGAAGGCCACCAGCAACAUCUGCACCGCCCAGGCCCUUCUGGCCAACAUGGCCGCCAUGUACGCCGUCUACCACGGCCCGACGGGCAUUCGCGAGAUUGCUCAGCGCAUCCACAACCUCACUGGCGUCUUUGCCGAGUCCGUUCGCCGUCUCGGUCACACCGUCGAGACCGAGAGCUUCUUUGACACCGUCACUGUCCGCGUCCAGGGCGGCUCCGAUGCCAUCGUGCGUCGUGCCGCCGCUGCUGGCAUCAACUUGCGUCCCGUCGACGAGCACCGCGUCGGUGUCUCGCUCGACGAAACCGUCACCAAGGGUGACCUCGAGGCCCUGGUCUCUGUCUUUGGCGACAAGACCAUCGACAUCGAGGCCGUCGCUGCCGAUCUCAAGCUGACCCCCAGCUCGGGCGCCUUCUUUGCCACCCAGCUCACCCGUCAGUCGGCCUACCUGAAGCAUCCCAUCUUCAACAUCUACCACUCCGAGACCGACAUGCUCCGCUACAUCACUCACCUUCAAAAGAAGGACCUCUCGCUCGGCGACGCCAUGAUCCCCCUGGGCUCGUGCACCAUGAAGCUCAACGCCACCACCGAGAUGAUUCCCGUCACCUGGCCCGAGUUUGGCGCCCUCCAUCCCUUCGUCCCCGCCGACCAGGCCGAAGGCUACAAGAUCAUGCACGAGCAGCUCCAAGAUGCCCUUGCCCAGGCCACGGGCUUUGACACCAUCUCGCUCCAGCCCAACAGUGGUGCCCAGGGCGAGUACGCCGGCCUGCGAGUCAUCAAAAAGUACCUCGCCUCCAUCGGCCAGGGCCACCGCGACGUUGUACUCAUCCCCGUCUCGGCCCAUGGCACCAACCCGGCCUCGGCCGCGAUGUGCUCCCUCAAGGUCGUCACCGUCAAGUGCGAUGAGAAGGGCUACCUCGACCUUGACGAUCUGGCCGCCAAGGCCGAGAAGCACAAGAACAACCUUGCUGCCACCAUGAUCACCUAUCCUUCGACCUACGGUGUCUUUGAGGAGGGCAUCAAGCGCGCCUGCGAGAUCAUCCACAGCCACGGCGGCCAGGUCUACAUGGACGGCGCCAACCUCAACGCCCAGAUGGGUCUCUGCAACCCCGCCGAGAUCGGCGCCGACGUCUGCCACCUGAACCUCCACAAGACCUUCUGCAUUCCCCACGGCGGCGGUGGCCCCGGCAUGGGCCCUAUCGGAGUCAAAUCCCACUUGGCUCCCUUCCUGCCCUCGCACCCCAUCGUCCCCACCGGCGGUGAGAAUGGCAUCGGUCCGGUCUCGGCUGCUCCUUGGGGAUCCGCCAGCAUCCUGCCCAUCACCUGGUCGUACCUCAAGAUGAUGGGCGACCAGGGUCUCAAGAAUGCCACCCAGGUUGCUCUCCUGAACGCCAACUACAUGCUCAAACGCCUCGAGCCCCACUACAAGAUCCUGUUCGUCAACAAGAACGGCAUGUGCGCCCACGAGUUCAUCGUCGACUGCCGGCCGUUUGCCAACACCUCGCACAUCCAGGGCAUCGACAUUGCCAAGCGUCUGCUGGACUAUGGCUUCCACUCCCCCACCAUGUCCUUCCCCGUUGCCAACACCCUCAUGAUCGAGCCUACCGAGUCCGAGCCCAAGGCCGAGAUUGACCGCUUCAUCAACGCCAUGAUAUCGAUCCGCAACGAGAUCCGCGAGAUCGAGGAGGGCCGACAGCCCCAGACCAACAACGUCCUCACCAACGCCCCACACACCGUCGAGGAUCUGCUCAAGCCCGAAUGGGACCGCCCUUACUCGCGCGAGCAGGCCGCCUUCCCUCUGCCGGGUCUCAAGAAGAAGAAGUUCUGGCCGACCGUCAGCCGCGUUGAUGAUACCUAUGGCGACCGCAACCUGAUCUGCUCCUGCCCGCCCCUGGAGGACUAUGAGUAAACUCGCCGGGACGAUGCCGGCUGUUUUUGCCCCCAUCUCCUCCCCUCAACUCUCUUCCCCUAUAUUCUUUCCACUCGCUAAUUUCACGCACCCACGCUCUGAUGUCACACCGUCGCUGUGUAUUCCCGAGCCUCCUCUCCUCUCCUCCCCAUCCAUCCAUCCCGCUCCGCCCAUCCUACACCCUGCGCACUCGUAUGAACGAGCCGCGUGCAUCUUGUCUUUGAUAGAGAACCACCGGGCGCCCCAUUCACCCUCUCCCCUCCCUCUUCGCUGGAUCUUGAAUACAUACAAGCUUUGUCAUACGAUAUGGCAUGCUGUGCCA